AUGGAGUUCUCAACCUCGAAGGAGGUCACUGUUGCGCCGACUUUCGACGAUAUGCACUUGAAGGAGAAUCUCUUGCGCGGCAUAUAUGCGUACGGAUACGAGUCGCCUUCAGCCGUUCAGUCUCGUGCAAUUGUUCAGAUCUGCAAAGGACGAGAUACUAUCGCUCAAGCACAGUCCGGAACAGGAAAAACAGCUACUUUCUCCAUCAGCAUCCUCCAGGUCAUUGAUACUGUGCUUCGCGAAUCACAGGCCCUUGUCCUUUCUCCUACUCGAGAACUCGCAACUCAGAUUCAAUCCGUCGUUAUGGCCCUGGGAGAUUAUAUGAAUGUGCAAUGCCAUGCGUGUAUCGGUGGCACAAAUGUUGGUGAAGAUAUUCGGAAGCUAGAACACGGUCAACACGUUGUCUCCGGAACACCAGGCCGAGUUGCUGACAUGAUUCGACGCCGACAUCUACGUACUCGUAACAUUAAGAUGCUUGUUCUUGACGAAGCAGAUGAACUACUCAACCGCGGAUUCCGAGAGCAAAUCUACGAUAUAUACCGGUACCUGCCUCCAGCCACUCAAGUUGUGGUUGUUUCUGCCACUCUACCUUACGAUGUUCUCGAUAUGACGACCAAGUUUAUGACGGACCCAGUGCGCAUUCUUGUCAAACGUGACGAGUUGACUCUUGAAGGUCUCAAGCAAUACUUUAUUGCCGUGGAAAAAGAGGAAUGGAAAUUUGACACACUCUGUGACCUCUAUGAUACCCUAACUAUCACCCAGGCAGUCAUUUUCUGCAACACAAGGCGUAAGGUCGACUGGUUAACUGAUAAGAUGAGAGAAGCCAAUUUCACUGUGUCCAGUAUGCAUGGUGAAAUGCCUCAAAAGGAGCGAGACAGCAUUAUGCAGGAUUUCAGACAGGGCAACUCUCGAGUCCUGAUCUCUACUGACGUUUGGGCUCGUGGUAUUGACGUCCAGCAAGUCUCUCUUGUUAUCAACUACGAUCUACCAAGCAAUCGUGAAAACUACAUUCACAGAAUUGGCCGAAGUGGUCGAUUCGGUCGCAAGGGUGUAGCUAUCAACUUUGUGACUAGUGAAGACGUCCGGAUCCUGCGAGAUAUCGAACUUUACUACUCAACUCAGAUUGAUGAGAUGCCUAUGAAUGUCGCCGAUCUCCUUGCUUAA